UAAUUGUUCCGCGUGUAUGUUACGGUAUGUUAACGUUCAACAAGUAAUUCAAUUUGCGCGUGUAAACAUUUCACAGUGGCUAGGGUAGCCACUCAAGGUGAAACGGUAAUUAGCUAAUAUUUGCUUUAAAGUAACGGCUGAAAUAUGGGACAAUUUUCACACGUUUGUCGAUGUUAGAACCACAGAUACCUUUAAUGUGCGGAUCGAAAAGAAAAUUAAUGAAUUCGGUCCAAAACAGACCUAUUAUAAAAUGGUUGUUACGUCAAACAACUCAAAUGUGUGAGUUACAAAGAAUAUGUUAUGGGGAACCAUCCGGAGCACCAAGAACUCUAGCUAUAGAGGAGUCUCUUAAGUUGUCCAGAAAUGCAAAUAUCAAAACUCUUGUGGCUCAUUUGAAUGAGCUUGCAGAUCAGCAUGGAAUUACAACUAAAACAGAGCGUAAAAUAUUAGAAGAAGCUAUUAGGACAGUGUUAGUGACUAAGAAAAUAAAUCCCACUGCGCAUCCUGACUUUGCUAAAUUGUUUGGGAAGUGUGUAGAGUUAAUUUGGGGCUAUAGACAACUAUGCACAGAAUGUGAAGAGCUUAGAAAAACGCCUUAUGAUGCUGAGAAUCCAGGCCAUGAAUUAUUAUUGUUACAGCUGUGGAAUUCUUUAAUGCCUUAUGAGCCAUUAGAUGCUAGAGUUACAAAGCAGUGGCAAGAAAUUGGCUUUCAGGGGGAUGACCCAAAAACAGACUUUCGUGGAAUGGGAAUUCUAGGAUUAGAGAAUUUGGUUUAUUUUUCUCAAGAAUAUCCCAGUGCAGCAACACAUGUAUUAUCACACUCCACUCAUCCACGUUAUGGAUAUGCAUUUGCUAUAGUUGGUAUAAAUUUAACCAGUAUGGCUCUACGGUUGUUGAAAGAUGGAGCUGCCAAGACUCAUAUUUAUAAUUCCUCUAAAACAUUGCCAUCAAUUCGUGCCUUUCAUCAGUUUUAUUGUUAUCUUUUCUAUGAAUUUGAUAGGUUUUGGAUUGAUUCCAAACCAAGUAACAUGAUGGAGUUCUCAUCUAUACAAGAAAAGUUUGAAAACAGUAUCAGAAUGGCAUUGUCUGACCCAUCUACUGUUUUUAGGAUAAAUAUAUCAGUUGAUAAUGUUUAAAAUAAGUGCAAUAUAUUCUGUUGAUAAGACCAAAAAUAUCAUACAGGGAAUAAAUGUAAUUUUAAACUUCUAAUGCACAAAGCUAAUUUCUGUAAUAUAUGUUGCACAGAGUGUCUUGUGAAUGGAUCUCGCAGCAUUACUGCAAACUAUGGACAAUGGAAGUGUAAUGAAACUAAAAGCUUAAUUUUCAAAUCACUAUAUUAAAGAACAACACAUAGAGCCUGACGCAUUUCAUAUUUUAUAUUUUUACUUUAUUUUUCUACUGGCUUAUCAAUGAAAAAAUAAAAGGGGUGUAUAUGGUAGUUAACAAACGUGGAUGCAUUGACAUUCAA